CAGGAAAUGAUUUACCCGCAGCGUCUCAAUAAUAAACCAGUGAAUUAUCAGUGGAAUGCAGCGCCAGGAGCUUCCGUGAAGCUCUGGUCCGCACUCACAGUUUAUUCACAAUAGUAUAGUGUAGUGCAGCAGCCUGAGCUAUCAUGUUCCUGUUUCUCGUCGCUGCUGCGCUAGUUGGUCAAACAGCGGCUCGAUACACCGCGAACUGGACUAGCUUGGACUCCAGACCUUUACCUUCAUGGUACGACGAGGCCAAGGUGGGCAUUUUUGUCCACUGGGGCGUGUUUUCGGCAGUGGGCUUUAAAAGCGAGUGGUUCUGGUGGCACUGGCAGGGUCAAGACCCUCCGGACAUCAGCUGUGAGCUCUACAUGGCGACGAACUACCGUCCUGGAUUCAGCUACGCCGAGUUUGCCCCCAAGUUCCACGCUCAGUUCUUCAACCCAGAGCAGUGGGCGGACAUAUUCAAAGCCUCCGGCGCAAAAUAUGUUGUUCUGACUGCCAAACACCAUGAAGGAUUUACAACCUGGGGGUCUCCAUACUCCUGGAACUGGAACUCUGUUGACAAUGGUCCACACAGGGACCUGGUGGGAGACCUGGGAGAGGCAGUGCGUAACAGGUCAUUGCACUAUGGACUGUACAACUCCUUGUAUGAGUGGUUCCACCCUCUCUACCUGGCUGACAAGAAGAAUCAAUUCAAAACGCAGCAGUUUGUGGCAGAUAAACUACUACCAGAGCUUUAUAACAUGGUCGUAAGGUACAGGCCUGAGUUGAUCUGGUCUGAUGGAGACUGGGAAGCACCUGACACCUAUUGGAACUCCACAGAAUUCCUGGCGUGGCUUUAUAAUGACAGCCCAGUCAAAGAUACUGUUGUGACCAACGACAGAUGGGGAGCUGGCUGUGCUUGUAAACACGGUGGCUACUAUAACUGCGAAGACAAGUACACUCCAGGUGAGCUGCCCAAGCACAAGUGGGAGAAGUGCACUUCUGUGGACAGUUUAUCCUGGGGUUACCGGUGGAACAUGAAGCUGAGUGAGCUCAUGGACUUACCCAGUAUCAUAAAGGAUCUGGUUCGCACUGUGGCUCUGGGAGGAAACUACCUUCUGAAUGUGGGUCCCACGCCUGAUGGAAUGAUCCCUGUUGUAUUUGAGGAGAGGCUCCGGGGUGUCGGAGCUUGGCUGGAGAUUAACGGGGAGGCCAUCUACACCUCUAAACCCUGGAGGGUCCAGAGAGAGAACACUACUGCAUCAAUCUGGUACACAUCUAAAGGGAACACGGUCUACGCCAUCAUUACAACCAAGCUAUCCAAGUACACCGUGCAACUGUUGGAACCCAAGACCUCAGUCAUCACCAAGGUGACCUUACUGGGGGAUCCGAAGCCCUUAGCCUGGUCCCCACUCAGUCCUAGUUCUGGACUGAGCGUCCUUCUGCCCCAGCUGCCUUACUCCCCUGGUGAGGCUUGGACCCUGAAACUGGAGGGUGUCCAGUGAGCCUUCAACACAUGAUUUCCAUGUGGAACGUGGUAAACUCAGGUUAUUGUUAAUUAGGAUAAGGGGAAACUUGUACUUUUUGUCUAAUAUAUUUCUAUUUGCUUGAGAAAAUUGAAAUGAUGUGACACUCCUCUCCAAUAAUUCUUUAGUGCACUAAGAUUGACUGACUUUUAAAUGUGCUCUUUUUUUUAAUGAUUCACUGUGAACAGUGAACACAUUGAAUCAGCUCCUCAGCUUCUUUUUUCCAAAUCAGUAAUUUUAGCCAGUGGUUUCUGGGAAUUGCAGCAGUUGACCUUAAAUGCACUUUUAAUUAUUAUUAGUUUUUUAAAAUAUGUGUAGUUUGAAUAGUUGGGAAAACCUUUGGUGAUGUCAUUGAUGAAUUAUUGUUUUUUGUAAAUAUGCACAAUUCUAAGUUGUAUUAAAAAUAAACUUCUUAAAGAUCCACUGUCUUUGACUUUUCUUGCAGUGUCUCAAGUUGUUAAGACUUGGUUUUAAGUAUACCUCAGUCAAGAGGUAGAGAUUUCUCACUGUGAGUCAUGAUGGCACUUCUCAUCAGGAACUCAUCUCGUUCGCCGCUGCUGUGCUGUCCUCAGACGCCGUGGUAUCCUUGGAUCUUUUCCCUGUAGCCAUACAAAAACUGUAUAAACAAAUUCAUGAGCCAAUUUUUGUUUUUAAUUGCAUGGUACAGCCAUGAUUGGGAACUAGAUGACUUUUAGAUGACCGUGUGCACUUUCUGCAACCCCCCUCCUGUGCCUCAGGAUCUCCUUCACCUCCAUAUUCUUUCUUUUGUGCUGAUUCUUGAAUUCUAAUCUGUUUUUCUCACCUCAAAGGCAUACUUCUGUGGUUGCUUCCUGUGUCUCUGCUUUAUGCUUACACUUCUGUAGCCCAAUGCUGCAUUUGUAAUUGUGGUCCUGUGUCAGACAAAGAUGUGUAUGUUAUUAUUCUAAAUUCUCUCAUUUAAACUUU